AUGUUUAAUUACCGUAUUUCUGAAGCUGGCCUGGUUCUUCUGGUAAUGCUCUCGCCAUCUAAUGGCAGAAUAUGUACUCUCAUCACUUCAGAGCGAUGGCAGGAAGACUCGCCGCUUUCCAUAGAUGCCCAGCGCGAAGGAUUAUCCGAUGAAUUUGUCAAGCUCGGAGCCCGCUGUCGUGCGGUAGUACCCUCUUUCUGA